AUGACAGAUACCUCCUCGACUGCUCACGCACAUUCAACGGCGAAUCCGUUUCCGUUUCCGGCCACCUCUCCCUUGCCCUCCCCGGUCGCCAACGGAACUGGUUCGACCCACGAAGCCGAAGAUGAACCCUACACCAUCAAGUGCAUCUGCUCCUUCGAGGACGACGACGGCAGCACCGUCCUCUGCGAACGCUGCGACACCUGGCAGCACAUCGCCUGCUACUACAUCGACAAGAAGAACGUGCCAGAGAUACACAACUGCGUCGACUGCGAGCCCAGGCACCUCGAUGGCAAGCGCGCCACCGAGCGUCAGCGGAAGCUCAGAGAGCAGAACGACAGCAGCACCACGAACAACGCCAAUGACGAGCGAAAGGGUCGACGCUCCGGCUCGAAGAGCACGCGGAAGAAGCCCAAGGACCUGGGCUCGCCGUCUGGCUCAGGCGAGCAGCGGAAUGGCUGGUCGUCGCACGAGAGGAGUGCGUCCACGGCCUCGCGGGACAACAACAACAGCAGCAGCAACCAGCAGCCACCUGCAAAGAAGCAGCGGACCGCCCAUCGCGCCUCUAACUCUAUAAGUUCUGUUGGAGGCGGCGGUGUCGGCGGUGUCAGCGGCGGUGGUGAAUCUCGUAAGCGUGGAAGUAACAAGUCUCCUUUCCCCCAGAUCCCUCUCUACUCGCAAGAGUUCCUUCAUCUGUACGACAACGACAAUGCCAGCCUGGACAUGCAGGGCAAUCUCUUCCGCACCAUCGGGCUCACCAACGACCUGGCUUCGUGGGUAAAGGACCCGGUUGCGCUGUCGCAGGUCGCAAACGGCAGGUCGGCCAAAGAGGUCUUCAACCACACCGACCAGCCGCUCGACCCUUCCAGCUGGCCGCCGCUCACAAAGCAGACCAUCGUCGACAGCAGCGUCGAGUUUGACGGCAGGCACCCGACCUGGCAGUUCCUCAAGGUGCAGAGCAACGUGCGAAAGGAUGAGAUCGUGGGCGAGGUCAGAGGCAAAGUCGGCCAUUUCAGAGACUACUGCCAUGACCCCGACAGUCGAUGGCAGGAGCUUCGCCAUCCUGAGCCGUUCGUCUUCUUUCACCCCCAACUGCCCAUCUACAUCGACAGCAGAGAAGAAGGCACCGUGCUCCGAUACAUCCGCCGAUCAUGUCGACCCAACGUCACGAUGCGAACCUACAUCACAAACCAGGUAGAGUACCACUUUUGCUUCGUCGCAAACCAGGAUAUCCCCAUGGACUCCGAGAUAUCGACCACCUGGUACCUCGACCCCAAGAUGUUCCCUUCCAACGGCCUGGUCAAGGAAGAAGGCCUGCCAGAUGGUUCGCCAGACCCGGCUGCCAUCUCCAUCAGCAACGUCCUUGCCCAUUUUGGUGGUUGCGCCUGCGACGACUCGGCCAAGCCCUGCUUGCUUGCGAACAUCGACUGUCGCAUGAAGCCAAAGUCGCUCGAAUCCAAUACAAAGCAGACCAACGGACGGAGAAAGAAGCCAAAGGCCAAAACUGCGGUUUCUCCCGAGAGCACGGGAUACGUUGCCGCUCACAGUCGGUCGGGAAGUGAAGUCAUUCGCAACCAAGAUGAUGAUGACCACGCUGAUGCAAGGUCGACUUCUGGUUCCUUGAAGGAUCAUCCCUCGAACAGAGACUUGACGCCUGGUGCUCUCGGUCGUGAUGCUGGGGAACUGUCGGCUCGCGAGAAACGGAAGAUUGCAGCUGCAGAGAAGAAGUUUGAACAGCUUGAACAUGAUCAGCAUCAUCCAAAAAAGAAGAAGCGGGUUCAUCCGCGUGGUCAGAGCCCAAAUUUAUCGAAAUCAACGAAACCUCCGCAUCUCGAUAUUCCACAGUCGCGCCGAUCUUCCCACUCGCCAGCGAAAAUGUCUCCUGAAUCAGCCUCCCACCGCCGAGAUGGCCAUUUCACUCCUCCAAAGACGUCUGCCGCAAGCACGCCUCGCAUCGUAUCCCCGCUCAGUCACCCAAUCUACGUCGAUUGCUCUGUCCAGACCGAUCCUGACGAGAAUGACCCUCAAUAUGUCCCGCCAAAGACGUUUAACGCUCCACGCUUUAUGACUCUGACGCAACGACUACUGAAGCGAUGUCACGAGGACCGGAUCAAGAUGGAAGAGGACGGACGGCUAGACAGUAUACCGACAUUGAGCUCCACGGAUACCUGUACGGGCGCCAUGCUUCCGCCUUCAACGCCUGCAAACUCACGGCCAGCACCGUCGCCGAAACAUACGCCAGACGUGGAGAUGAAAGACGCCGAUUCAUCAAUGACACCGCCCAAUGCAGCCGCCAACUCAGUCAGCCCUACAGCCACUACCGCGUCCGUCCGUCUGUCGUCACCGCCCCCUUGUCCGCUCUUCCACCUCCCUUCAACGGUUGCUCACAACAUGCCAACGCCUCGCAAGGUACCAGACAAGGGAACCAAGGAUACUACACGCUCGCCCAUUCUUCCUCCUCCACCACCACACCUCCCGCCUCCAACGGGCCGUCUAAGUUCUCCAGAGACGACAUCCAAACCCGUCCCUCCUAUCGCAGCCACAAAAUCGCCUCAACCGUCCAACUUGCAGACCAGCACCACCCCAGCUCCACCCCCUACAUCAACGUCCACAUCAACGUCCACUGCGACUUCGAACCUCACAGCUCCCAGCCCCGUGAAGAAGAAACUAAGUCUAAACGACUACAUGAGCCGUCGUGGGACUCUGACAACGCCAACAACAGAAAAGGCACCCAAUCCAUUUCUGCCCAGCACGACUAGUCCCGCCCCGUCGACCGGUAGUGCGGACCCAAGUCCCACGACACAGUUUCCCUUCACCAAGUUCACUGAGAGCCAGAGCCAGACACAUGGACAGGGGCAUCCCACGUCGGUAGACAUCUUCAUGAAAGACCCUCCCCAUUCUCCGUCAACCAUCUUUCCGCCACCACAUGCCGAUCCCACAAGCAACGGCGGCACAAGCAACAACAAGUCGAAUGCAGCGCAUGGUCUAAAUUCGCGGGAUCCAAGACUACUUGAUCGCGGAUAA